UUCAAGGAAUAUGAAAACUCUUCUGGGUUAGAGGAACCUCUAACUGCACUCACAGCCCUUUAGGCCCUCUUUAGGUUGGUGGGAUGGGCAGGUGAGUAGGAAUAUAUCAGCCUUCAUCCGUUGUCUGAGUUCCGUAUUUGUAAUUUGUUGCUGAAACACAGUUACAUAAUUAUUUUAGUAUGUGAUUUCUCACACUGUCAUCCAACCUACUCAGUUUUAAAGCAGCAGUCCUGGUGUUGGUUUACAAAGAUCUUUCCUGGUCUACUGCAGUAGCUUCCUUUGUAGGUCUCCUGGCCUCCAGUUAUUCCCCUUACCAGUCUGUUUUUCACACUUGUGCUGGGCCCUGGUGGUGCAGUGGGCAAUUGUUUGGCUGCUAACCAAAAGGUUGCCAGCUCUUUGGAAACCCUGUGGGGCAGUUCUGCUCUGUCCUACGGGGUCACUGUGAGUUGGAAUUGAGUCGAUGGCGACAGGUUUGGUUUUGGUGCUGGGGUUGCCUUUUUUAAAAGCGAAAGAGUCACUUCUGUGCUCAGUUAAAAGUCUUCUAAGGCUCCCAGUUGCCAGUAGGCCUUCACAGCUGUCAGGCCUUCCCAGUUCACCCCAUUUCCCUUCAGCUGUAUCUGAGCUUCUGCCCUUUCCUGUUCUUUUAUAUUUCUGUGCUAUUGUACUCACUUCAUGGACUUACUCUCCCCACGACCCCCGUCUGACAAGCUUCUACUUAUAAUUGUGACCCAUCUCAAAAAUUAUCUUUGUAAGCCAUGCCUUAGAAUGCAAGCCAUCUUUGAUAUGAGCUCCUUCCUCAUCUUUCACCUCUAGUUUAUCAUCAAGUUUUGUUCAGUGCCUUUGAAAUCUCUCCACUGUUCUCUAUUAACACCAUAGUUCAAACCAGGAUCAUUUGUCAAGUGGGCUACUCACCAGUAGUCGGUAACUGGUCUCCCUGCAUCUACUUGAUUUCCCUUUUUAACAAGUUGAUUGCUUUAUAUAUGUAUGUGUGUGUGUAUGUACAUAUACACAAAUAUACAUGGAGCCCUGAUAGCGCAGUGGUUAAAGAGCUUGGGUGCUAACCAAAGGGCUGGCAGUUCGAAUCCACCAGCCGCUCCUUGGAAACACAUAUAUGUACAUAUUUUUUAACAGCUUCAUUGAGGCAUACCUCAUGUACCAUAAAAUUCAGAGUAUAGAAUUGUUUGUAGUACACUCAUAGAGUUGUGCAGCCAUCACCAUAAUGCAAUUUUAGAACAUUUUUAUCAAUGCAAAAAGAAAUCCCAUAUUCAUUAGUGGUUCAUUCUCACCUCUUCCCCAACCCACCCUUAGCCCUAAGAAAGUAUCUAUUUUCUAUCUCAGUAGAUUUGUGGACUCUGGACAUUUUCUAUAAACGAAUCAUAUAAUUUGUGGUCUUUUGUAAAUGGCUUCUUUCACUUAGCCUAAUGUUAAGUUGUGGAAGUUUUACAUAUAUUUUGGUUACUAGAUUCUUAUUGGAUACAUAGUUUCCAAAGAUAUACUCCCAGUCUGUAGCUUGUCUUUUCACUUUCUUGUGAAGUCUUUUGAUGAAGAAAGUUUUAAUGAGGUCCCAUUUUUUAAAUUUUGUGUUUUGCUGUUUGUGCUUUUGUUAUUACAGUAAGUCUUCAGGUUAGGAACAUUGGACUUACAGACAGCUCAUACUUGCCCUUUAACGUAAAUUUGCCCUCGCUUUGAAAUGGUUGAACCAACCCCUACUAAGGACACAUUCUUCAUCACAGUCAUCUUCACUUGCUGCAUGUGCAGCUUUUAAAUCAUUGAAAAGGCUUCGAGCCUUUUCUUACACUAAAGUAAGGUUAAAUAAGAACCAUGUGUACCUGUUCCGACUUACCUACAUAUUUGGCUUAAAGACACGCUUAGGAAGGGAUCGCAUUUGGAAGCUGGGGACUCCUGUGUAUUAGAUAAUCCAUUGUUAGAAGCCAGGCCAGGCAGCACGGCCUCUGCAUUCUCUAAGGAUUUUAUGGUCUCAGAUUGCGCAUUUAAGGCCUUAAUCCGUUUUGAAUUUUUUUGUGUGUGUAUGGUGUGAAGCAUAGAUCCUGUUUCAUUUUUCUGCAUGCGGAAAUCCAGUUUUCGUAAAGCCAUUUACUGAAGAGACACUUCUUUCCCCAUCGAUUGGACUUAGGACAUUUGUAAAAAAUCAGUUCACUAUAGAGAAACCAACAGAAAAACCAAAUCCCUCGCCUUUGAGUCAAAUCCGACUUGUAGUGACCGUACAGGGCACAGUAGAACUGCCCCGUAGGGUUUCCAAGGAGCAGCUGGGGGAUUCGAACUGCUGAACUUCUGGUUAGAAGCCAUAGCUCUUUAACCACUGGGGCACCAUCUAUAGUGAAUGUAUAGUAAAUGGAUUUAUUUCUGGACUCUCAAUUUUAUUCCUUUGGUCUGUGUGUCUAUUGUUAUACCAGUACCAGAUUACUCUAGCUAUGUAAUGUUUUAAAAUCGGCAAGCGUGAGUCCUCCUACUUUGUUCUUUGCUUUCAACAUUGCUUUAAAAACAAAAACAAAACACUGCAGGACAAAUAGAAUGCAUGGACUGAAUUCGUCCUGUUUGUAGCAUAGGUAGGGUAGCUAUGAGUCAGAAUCAACUCGACAGUGGUGGGUUUUCGGUUGUUGCUUUACAAAAUAAAACUUGUGUGUGUAUUUUCAUAUUACCCCCCUUUCUUAGAUAAAACGGAACAUUCUGUAAACAUUGUUCUGUGCCCAGCUUUCUCCACUUCACAAACUAUCCUGGCCAUCCCUCUAGGGCAGUAUGUAGGGCUCUUAGUCCUUCUCCUUUUUUAAAAAAAUAUUUUUCCUUUUGUUGUUGAAAACAUACACCAAUUCAGCAAUUUCUACAUGUACAAUUCAAUUAAUUGAUUACAUUCUUCGAGUUGUACAACCAUUAUCACCCUCCUUUUGAGUCGUUCUGCCUCAUUGACAUAAACUCACUGCCCCCUGUGUGUCCUGUCUAAUCUUUCAAGUUGCUGUUGUCGGUUUGAUUCCUUAUUAAGGCACUAGUUAAGCUAAGCUAUCUUUUUUUUUUUUUUAUCGUUUGGUUUUAAGAAGAUGGCAGGGGAUGUUUUUGGUUUGAGGUUUGAAGAUGAUCUCAGGGCAGUAGUCUCAAUCAGAGGCUCAUCUAUCACACGGCUUUUGCGAAUGCACACAACUUAUUGAGAGCAAUUGCAUUGAUUGGACAUGCAGCCCUACCUUUAAUCAGUGCUAUUUUUCCAUCACUGUAAACUGAAACUAUAUGCCGUAAACAUUAACCCCCCUUUCCACCUCGCUUCUGCCCCUGGUAACCGAUAAUAAACUUUGAUCUCUAUAACCAAAAAAAAAAAAAACACCAAACCCACUGCCGUCGAGUCGAUUCCGACUCAUAGCGACCCUAUAGGACAGAGUAGAACUGCCCCAUAGAGUUUCCAAGGAGCGCCUGGUAGACUUGAACUGCCGACCUUUUGGUUAGCAGCCGUAGCAAUUAACCACUCAGGGUUUCCUUGAUCUCUAUACAUUUGGCAAUUUCCAGCAAGUGCGUAUGUGUUUUUCUGUAAUUGUGUUCAUACAAUAUUUGUCCUUUUGUGAUUGACUUAUUUUACUCAGCUUAAUGUCUUCAAGCUGUGUCCACAUGGUAGCAUGUAUCGAGACUUUAUUUCUCUUACUGGUUGAGUAGUAGUCUUUUGUAUGUAUGUACCAUGUUUUGUUUAUCCAUUUCAUCCAUCGAUGGGUGGUCCCUCUCUUUGAUAGCUGUGUGACACUCCUCUAUGUGGUCCCAUUAUGGAGUCUGUGACCUUUUAGAUGGCACUACAUACCCUGUGCAUGUAUUUCAUGUAGAAGAGAUUCCUAGAAAUGGAAAGCAAGGUCCAAAGAAAAAUGCAUAUGCACUUUUGCUAGAAAUUGCCAAAUUUCCCUACAUCAGGUUUUUACCAUUCUGCUCUCCAGUAGCAGUGUAUGACAGAGCUUCUUUCCCCCUUCCCAUACCAGCCUCAGAAUAUGUCCUUGAACUUUUGGGUUUUUGCCAAACUGAUAGUUGAGACGUGGUGUUUUGGUGUGAAUUUAAUCUGCAUUUUUUAAUGAGCAGCGUUGAGCAUCUUUUUCAUAAAAGUACUAAUAUUCUCAGUAUAGCAUAAGAGAAUAGAGUCAUGGAUUAAAAAUUGAAAUCGCUAGCAACCAAAAAAGAAUUAGUAGAAAUCAACUAUGGUUUCCCUUAUUCACACAUUGUCAGAUCCUUGGGAAUAAAAUACUCAAGGCACCAAUUUGCUUAUUUCAUUUAGGGGACAUUGACUUGGGUGAGAAGACUAUUUAUAGCCAAAAUAUAUUGACGAAAAGCUUCAAGAUUGCAGAUAUAGGGACAUAUACUUCAGCAUUUUAGAACUGAUGGAAAAAUUGGCCAAAAUCAGCUUUAGAUAAUAAUGCUUUUUAUUCCUUUUUUAUAUCUGAAAUUGUCAUCACUUCUUUUGCUUUUCGAUUUCCUAAGAAAUUGUAUCGGUGCUUUAAAUGAAACUUGUUCAUUAUUAUGGUGUGAAUUGCAGAAGAAAAUUAUGAGUGACCAUUUAUUUAAAUAAUGUUAUUGUUUUCUGUAAAGAUUUUUGUAUUGCUUUUCCAUUUCCUGGGAAUGAAUUCUUUUUUCUUUUUUAAGUGAGGAAAUCUAGAUGUUUUGAGAUUCCAGUUAACAUUUUAAGAUUAUUUACACCCCAUCUACCUUAUUUCACGGGAGAAAGAUGUAGCAGCCUGCUUCCAGAAAGAUGUAUAGCCUUGGAAACCCUGGGAGGCAGUUCUGCCAUGUCCAGUAGGGCUGCUGUGAGUUAGAAUUGACUUGAUGGCAGUGGGCUUUUCGGCAGUGGACACCUCAUUUCACCAGAGAUGUUGUUGUUGUCAGGCGCCUUGGAAUCCGUUCCGACUCAUAGCAAACUUAUGUACAGCAGGAGGAAACACUGCCUGGUCCUGUGCCAUCCUCAUGAUUGUUUCUCUGUUGGAGCCCAUUGUUGCAGCCCCUGUGUCAGUCUGUCUUGUUGAGGGUCUUCCUCUUUUUGGCUGACUCUCUACGUUCCCAAGCGUGAUGUCCUUCUCAGGGACUGCUCCCUCUUGAUAACAUGUUUAAAGUAUGUGAGACAAAGUCUUGUCAUCCUUGCUUCUCAGGAGCACUCUGGCUGUACUUCUUCCAAGGCAGAUUUAUUCAUUCUUCUGGCAGUCCGUAGUAUUUUCAGUAUCCUUUGCCAACACCAUAAUUCAAAGGCUUCAGUUCUUCUUAGGUCUUCCUUGCUCGUUGCCUAGCUUUUGCAUGCACGUGAGGUGGUUGAAAAUACCAUGGCGCACCUUAGUCCUCAAAGCGACAGACAUCUUUGCUUUUUUAGAUGGAGUUCAGUUCCUUCACACCUUCUUAUCUUGAAAUCAUUAAAAUGAUCACACCUGAAUAGGAACUCUUGAGUUUUUAGACAGUCUAAAGAUGAAUAAGUGAUCCCUUUUAAAUCUGUUCAUUGUUUUAUGUGUUUAUUUACUUUACAAUUACAUUGAUGUAUCAUUUUUCUAUAAUUUUUCUUUUCCUUUUUUUCCAGAUGCUGCAAAUGUUAAACAUAGGGAGUUUUAGUAAUUUGUAUUAUUGCUACUGUGGUUUGUACUUUGAAAAGUCCUCAUUGUGUUACAGAGUUUACCUUAUGGAGUGCUUUAGAGUUCUCAUGCAAGCUUCAGGCAUUUCAUAGUUUAGUUAGCACCUCUAUAGCGGUCCUUUAGAUUAUUUUCUUAGUAAAUUAUUCUAGUAAGUGCUUAUUUGAAAGAUGUUUCCUAGGCUGAUAUUGAGGGAGGGAGCUAAAAUGAUCUACCUCUUACAAAAGUAUUUUUGGUUGCCCUGGUUUAGAAAAGACCUUUAUGUUUCCUUUUUUCAGUGUUUGUAGUAUACUUUAUUUUCCAAGCAUAAAACAAACUGACAGAAAGCAGCUGAAAUAUAUAAUAGUUGGAGUUUGAUGUGGUUUGAGGUGUCGGGGUGUUGAAUUUUGUAAUUAAUGGAGAGUUAUAUCUUUUUUUUUUUGGUGUAUGAUUGGAAGAAGACUUUGUUACUCGUAGGGAGACCAAAAACUAAAGUUCUGCUAAUUCAUCUGUUACCUGAUUAGGGCCCGUGCCCUGGAGCAGCUGAGCCAAUGAAACAUACUCCAAGUCAGAAAGAGUGAGAAAGUUUAUUAAGGAGAUAUAUACAUCACCAGGGACCAGGCAGCAACACAGGCUGUCUCUAUGGAGUCCCAAAGAGCAGUUUUACAUUACAGCUUAUAUAGAAUCUUACAAGGGUUACAAGUGUCUUUGUAGUCCCCUGCCAGACAUUGCUUUAUUAGGCUAAAGAUAUUCAUAUCAGGAUAACAAAACCCAAACCCAAUGCCGUCGAGUCGAUUCCGCCUCAUAGCGACCCUAUAGGACAGAGUAGAACUGCCCCAUAGAGUUUCCAAGGAGCGCCAGGCGGAUUGGAUUUGAACUGCCGGCCCUUAUGGUUAGCAGCCAGGAUAACUGGGCUCUGAUUUUCCUGUGGGGGUUGUAGGCCACAGGUGGUUGGAUAUAACAAAAGGUUAUUUGCAUCAGUUUAAACCAGAGAACAAAGUCAUUAACAUUUGGUCAAAACAAAGUCAUUAACAGAGGUAUGUGAAGGCGGAGGCAGGCAGAGCAAAGAGAAGAACUUAUAGGUUCAUCGUGGCAUUAGUUAUAUCAAGAUCCCAGUUGUCUGUUUUGAAAAAUGAAAAAACAUGCUGGGGAAUAUUGGGGUCACACAUCAUUCCACUUUUUGUAGUGGAUACUAGACAUUUAAGAGUAGUAUUUAUAACCUUAUACUUUCACAUGAUUCAAAAGGUACCUCAUUCAUUCAGCAAACAUGAAGUGUGUUUUUUAGAUCAAGCAUAGUGUGUAGGGCUGGGCAUAUAGAGGUGAGCAAGCGAUGAUUCCUGCCCCAAGGAUCUUAGUUUUGAGAUUAUAAACGUGUUACCACAUCCUGAGUGUGGGCGGGGUGGAAGAUUAAGCUAAUCUGAAUUGGUUCUAUAUUACUUUGAGAAUCAAUUAUUGCCAUCAGUUUUAUUCCUAUUAUUAUUACUACUGUUAUCUCUAAUUUUUUUUUUUAAUUGUGAAAUGUGAGUUGUUAACAUAUUACUCUUUAUUUUCUUUGGCUUACUUUUUACCCUCUAAAUGUGAACUUUUGGAAGAAUUUUACUGUGCUUUAAGAUCAAAGUUUACAGCGCAAAUUAGUUUCUCAUUCAAAAAUUAUGCACAGAUUGCUUUGUUACAUUGGUUGCAAUUCCUGCAAUAUGUCAGCACCUUCCCUUUCCACCCGGGGUCCCCCUGUCCAUUCCUUCAGUUUUCCUGUCCCUUCCUGUCUUUGGUUUUGGGCAGGUGUCCCUUUGGUCUCAUAUACGUGAUUGAACCAAGAUGCACUUUCCUCAUGUGUGUUGUUUGUUUUAUAGGCCUGUCUAUGGCUAAAAGGUAGACUUUGGGAGUGGCUUCAGUUCUGAAUUAGCAGGGUGCUGGGGGGGGGUAUAGCCUGGGGGCUUCCUUUAGUCUCUGUCAGAUAAAUGGGGACCUUUAAGAUUUUUAUUUAGUCUAUUUCUUCUACCACACCUUGUCCUGUGGAUACCAUCUGUUUCUGUGGCUUCAAUUAUUCCCUCUGUACAGAUGGUUCCCAGAUCUCUACUUUUGUAGACCUGUCUUCUCUCUUGAGCUCUAGGCCUCUAUACAUAUACCCUCUUAGAAGGGAGAGAUGAUGACUGUUGUAAAAAACAUUAGAGUGAAAUUUAUGUUCUUAUCCAGGUAAAGGGUCCCACAGCCAAAUUUUUCGUGGAGGGGAGCUCUGAGGCCUUGUUACCCGUGUGAGUCCCCAGCUGACCAGCAGCGUAGGCAUCACCUGGGAGCUUGUCAGACAUGUGCAAUUGCAGGCUGUAUCCUGUACCUCUUGCAGUUCAGGUCUGCAUUUUAACUGGACCCCUAGGUGACUCACAUACGUGCACAGUAAAGUUUCAGAAGCAGUGGGCUAAUCAAAAUAGUGCUUUAGUUUAGUGCUGUCAAAACGCUUACUGAGACCUGCAAAAUCUCUGCCAUGUGCCUUGGAGGAAGCAGUCCUAACAUAAGAAAGUAAAUACAAUUACUACCAGUUGGUGGGUUCACGCGUAAAAGAGCCUUAACAGUGGCCUGUAGAAUGUCCGAAUAUGAGGGGGAAUGGGUUUUAGGGGAGAGGAGCGAUAGGGUGCAUCCUGAGUUAGCUAGGUGAAUUUGAUCUGUUUAUGGGAUAGUGUGCUAUUGUUUGUGUAUAUGCUGGACAGUCUUUAUCAAAAACCAGAAUUUUGCUUUAGAACACGGUUUACUACAGACUACUCUCACACAGUAAUUAGCUUAAGAGUUAAACUGCCUAUGCGUGGUCUCAGUUUGAGAUAAUAAAAUUAUGUCAGCAGGAAGGAGAUGCUUGUUGGCUGCAGGUAGGAGGCAUUUGUGCUCUCCUAAUUUAAUGCGUGUAAAACCACUCCUGCACACUGAUGGGAGCAGUGUGGUUGUAAACAGCUUUUCUCUGUGCAGGCAAGUGCGGAUCAGAGAUUAGUGAAUGACUGAAGGUCUCAGGCAAGGGUAGGCAUGACGGGACAGCUGUGCUUAAAACCCUUUUUCCUGUUGAUUUAAGAAACCAUUUUAUUACAAAGUAUUAAAAACAGAAUCGUCAAAUUCUAAGAAAAGUGCGAUGUCCUGCAAUUUUGAGGAGAUUAAUUUUUCAUCUUUAACAUUUAGUAGUCAGUGUUUUUUGUCCUUUUUGAAGGAAUCUUAAAAGAGGAUUAAUCAGGAGAAGAAGUUUGGCAAAGAUUGGGGUAUACUUCCUAAAACUUUGGUUGUGGAAAUGAGCCUUUCAUUAGCAGGUAGGAAGGACUUCGCUUCCUUCUGAGUUAGCAUUUGUCGUAUGGCAACCUUAGAGAUUAUUUCAAGUUUGUAGAUUAGAGAUAACCUUCUUCAUUCUUUCAUUUAUUCAGCAAAACAGUUGGGCACUUACUGUGGGCCAUCACUGUUUCUGGCAUUGGGAUACAAAAGUAAGCAGAGUCCCUGCUCUCAUAAAGCUUACAUUCUUUAAGGAGACAGGAAAAUGAAACAGUGGCUUAUGACAAAUACACAGAAACAAGUGAUUCGAAUUGGAUGUCAGAUUCCUAACCACGCAGAAAAAAAGAACUAAUUUGGGUAGCUUUUGUAGCCUGACCACAUACCUUCAUUGGGACCUAUUACUAAGUCAAAAAGAAUAUUGAAAUUUAUUUAGAAGGUUUGUUAACAGUGGUGUGGAUGCAGUAAUUCUGAAUAUUUUUUGUUUUUAUUGUAGGAUAAAGCACAUGAGAAAAUGUGUUGAUGUUCUUGGGAACCAGGCGUUGGUGGAAGGGGGGAAGUGCAAAUGUGGAAUGGAGGAAGGUGUUCACUCACAGAUGUUUAUAUGUGAUGUUUCCAACCCCUAAAAACAACUGAAGAUUGGAUUUAUAAAGAUACUAAUAACUAAAGGCAAUAAUAAUGAAAACGUAAAAAAAAAAAAAGGUAUUACAUCGGAACCAGUUUACAAUGGAGUCAUCAGAAUGGAACCUUGAAUUGUGGUGCUUGGAAUAAACAGAGCAUAUGCCAAAAAUGCAAUCAGUAAAAAUCUCAUAAAAAUGCUUUCAAAAGCUGUGGAUGCUUUAAAAUCUGAUAAGAAAGUACGGACCAUAAUAGUCAGGAGCGAAGUCCCAGGGAUAUUCUGUGCUGGUGCUGACCUUAAGGAAAGAGUCAAAAUGCAUCCCAGUGAAGUUGGUCCUUUUGUCUCCAGAGUAAGAGCCGUGGUCAAUGACAUAGCUAACCUCCCAGUGCCAACUAUUGCAGCCAUAGACGGACUGGCAUUAGGCGGUGGUCUCGAACUGGCUUUAGCAUGUGAUAUACGAGUGGCAGCCUCCUCUGCAAAAAUGGGCCUGGUGGAAACAAAGCUGGCAAUUAUUCCUGGUGCAGGGGGGACGCAGAGAUUGCCACGCACUGUUGGAAUGUCGCUGGCAAAGGAGCUCAUCUUUUCUGCACGUGUGCUAGAUGGCCAGGAAGCCAAAGCAAUAGGCUUGAUUAGCCACGUUCUAGAACAGAACAAAGAGGGGGAUGCUGCCUACAAGAAGGCCUUGGACCUAGCAAGAGAAUUUUUACCUCAGGGACCAGUUGCAAUGAGAGUGGCAAAGUUAGCAAUUAAUCAAGGGAUGGAGGUUGAUUUGGUAACAGGAUUAGCCAUAGAAGAAGCUUGUUAUACUCAGACCAUUCCAACAAAAGACAGACUUGAAGGUCUUCUUGCCUUUAAAGAGAAAAGACCCCCUCGUUUUAAAGGAGAAUAGAAGAAACGGAGAUCUUUAAAAUGCCAACAUAAUAAGUGUACUUGCGGAAGUAUCUUUCGGAUGCCCUAUAUGCCUCAGCACAUGGAAUUCCACCAACCAAAGUGAAAUGCGAAUUAUUCCUGCAGUGUGGUAACUUCUGGAAUGGACCCCUGUGUUGUGUACUUUGUCCAAAAGCAUAUCAUGCCAUGUUCUUGCAGCUGUAUAAAGCUAGUAGUGUAUGUUGUCAAAAUCACACGUUCAGAUUUCGCUGUAUGUUUUUAAAAAUUUCCUGCGUAUGAAGCUUUCUACUUUUAAUAUUUUAAUGUGAAUAAUUUAUACAUUGCACACUCUAGGAAAUAAUAUUGAUUAUAUGUCUACUGUGCUGCAUUAAGAAAACAAACAUGAUUUCUGUAUACCAAAAAUGUGAAGUUAUACCAAAUAAAGUUUCCAGAGGAUCAUACACAUGCGCACACAUAUGCAGACAUUUACAUGUAUACAUCUCAACCUGAUUCUGAGUGCAAAUUACCAAAUAUAAAUAAAAUUAGUGAAAAGAAAACGAACUUGAAACUUUUUC